UGCUUUUGCUUUUCCUUUCGUGUUCCACAUGUUUGGCUUCCGAUGGGAAGGCGUUGCCAUUGGCUCUUGGCGAUGAGGAUGCUGCGGGAGGUCCCUUUAUGAAGGGGAGAAGGACGCUCCCUCUCGAGCAGAUGUUGAGCAGGGCUACGGAGAUACCGUUUCUCCUUCAUCACAGAGAGAGCUGAAUUUCCCUUCGUUUGCGUUAUAAAGCCCGCACUUGGCUGAGCGGGGAUUACGCGAUCCGUCCGCUCUUCUCAGCAUCCUCUAUCAGACGGGGCUUGACGAAAACGCCCAAGAAGUUGACCAGGAGGACAAAGAAAAAAGGCCAGUUUGUGGGACCUCACCCACGCAGCUUCAAAGACAUCUCGUCUGUCUGUCCAUCCUCCAGCAGGCUCCCCCUGGCAUUCUUCACCAAGCACGAUGGAAGCCCCCGUGUGCCUGAUAGAGAACAAUCCCAAUGAGAAGCUACAAGUCAACCUGGAAGCCCUGGAGAUCCUUCAGAACAUCCAGCAGCCCGUGGUGGUGGUGGCCAUUGUGGGACUAUACCGGACCGGCAAGUCUUACCUUAUGAACAAACUGGCCGGAAAGAUGAAAGGCUUCUCUCUAGGUGCUACGAUUCAAGCAAACACCAUGGGCAUCUGGAUGUGGUGUCUUCCUCACCCCAGAAUGCCUGACCAUACCUUGGUACUGUUGGAUACAGAAGGGCUGGGAGAUGUGGAGAAGAGCAAUACUCAGAAUGACGCAUGGAUGUUUGCCUUGUCCAUUCUCCUCAGCAGUACCUUCGUCUAUAACAGCAUGGGCACCAUCGAUCAAUACGCUUUGGAGAAACUCCAGUAUGUGACGGAGCUGACCAAGCACAUCAAAGUGAAAGCUUCACCCAAGAAAACCUCUGAAGAGGAUGAGAGUGACUUCCUCAGGUUCUUCCCAGUUUUCAUCUGGGCUGUGCGUGAUUUUUCACUACAGCUCAAGCUGAACGGACGCCGUAUAACUGAGGACGAAUACCUGGAGAAUGCCUUGAAGAGGAAACCAGACAGCCCUGAGACUCUUGACCUUGCCAAGAAAUGCAUUCGUCAGUACUUCCCCAGCCGCAAGUGCUUUGUCUUUGACCGCCCUGCUGGAACGCGAGACUUAGAGGACCUGGAGGACCUGCCUGAAUCAAAACUGUGCCCUGACUUCUUGGAGCAGUCGAACAAGUUCUGCCAAUACAUUUACAACAAUGCCCAGCCAAAAAUUAUCCAAGGGGGCCACAGAGUGACUGGGAAAUCUUUUGGACACCUAGUACAGACCUACGUGGAUGCCAUUGCAAGCGGGACCGUCCCCUGCAUAGAGAACGCCGUGACCGUCUUGGCCCAGAUUGAGAAUACAGCUGCGGUUCAGGACGCCAUUACAUGCUAUGAAGCUGCCAUAAAGCAACGCGUGAAGCUGCCAACGGAGACGGUCAAUGAGGUGCUGGAGGCCCACGGCGAGUGUGAGAAGGAAGCCCUCAAAGUGUUCAUGGCCCGCGCCUUCAAGGACGACAACAAUGAGUACCAAAAAAAACUGGCGAACCAGAUGAAAUCCAAACUUCAAGAGCUGAUUUCUCACAAUGAGCAGGUGUCUUUAGAUCGAUGUCAGGCUUUGCUUAUGGCCCUGUUCCGGUUUGUGGAGGAGAGGAUUAGCAAUGGAAGCUACUCAGUGCCGGGUGGCUACCAGAUGUUUCUGGAGGAGCAGAAGGAAAAACUACAACAUUAUGAGCGGGCGCCUAAGAAAGGUUUAAUGGCUGCUAAGGCCCUCCAAGACUUCCUGAAAUCCAGGGAAAUGACAGUCCAGUCCAUCCUGAAGGCGGAUCAGAUCCUCACAGACAAGCAGAAGGAAAUUGAAGGUGAAGCCUCCGCUGAAGCCUCUAAACGGGAAGCUGAGCUGCAUGAGAAAAUGAGAAUUGAAGCUGAAGAGAGGGCUGAACAAGAAAAACAGAGUUAUGAGGAGCACAAAAACCAGUUGCUGGAGAAGAUGGAGGCAGACCGAAGAUGGCUUCUGGCUGAAAACGAGGCAGUGCUGAACAGGAAGCUUGAGGUAAGAAGAACAUCAGCUGGUAAUAAAAGAAAGAUACCUGGAGAUUUGAUCCUGAAAUUACCAAGUCUAUAUCUCCAUAAUUACAUCAAAUGUUACAACUUCUAGUUUUUCAUCUGUCUUACUUGGUCACACUGUUAAAACCUGUUAGCUCAUGCGUUUUAGCUAAUUUUGGGGCUCUCUACACUAGAGUAAUGCCAGCUGCACUCACUGAAUCUUACUGUGAUAAACAUUUAAUCUGACCAAAUAGUUAGGUAUGGUUAGCACCAGAACAAUGUUUGCCUUCCCUCUUU